GGUCGCCCCCGCGCAGCUCCGGGCUCCCGCUCCGUUUAACGGCUUUGAUGGACCCAAACCCUCCGCUGACUGCUCCUCUUUAACGGGCAGCAGAGACUGAAUCACCGCUGGAACUUUUCUCUCCUUCUCUCCUCUCCCCCCGCGCGCAUCAUGUCGACAAAAACGGGCUUCUCCGUGCGCGACAUCCUGGAUCUCCCGGACCCGAACGGAAGGUGCGGCUCCGGGACCGAGGAGGACGAGGAGGCCUCCGCGGAGGCGUCAUCUGGGGCGGGAAACGCGCAGAAGUUGGGAUUUAGCGGCCGGAGUUUGUGCGGCAGAGGCGGAGGAAGCUACGGCCGGUGGAGCCGCGGAUCCGGUAACCUGCACUUCUCAUUACACGGUAUUUCCCUAGAGUCCCGUACCGGGACCAAAUCCCCGGAGCUCUCCACGGACGAGUCCCCGGACGCGGAGCGGGUUGCGGCGGGCGGCGCGGCGCAGAAGAGCCGUGGCAGGAAGCGGCGCGUGCUCUUCUCCAAGGCGCAGACCUUCGAGCUGGAGCGCCGCUUCCGGCAGCAGCGCUACCUGUCCGCCCCGGAGCGGGAGCACCUGGCCGGGCUGAUCCGCCUCACUCCGAACCAGGUGAAGAUCUGGUUCCAGAACCACCGCUACAAGAUGAAGCGGGCCGAGCACAGCAGCUUCGAGACGCUGCAGCUGCUGCCGGCGGCGCGUCGGGUCGCCAUCCCGCUCCUGGUGCGGGACGGGAAGCCCUGCGACCGGAUCACAGCGCAGGACCUGGAGGUGACGCUCAGGUCCGGCCUGAGCCUGCCUCUGUGCGCCUACUCCCCGCUGCUGCACCCCGCAUACGGCGCGGAGUACCCCGGGCUACCGCAGCAGCAUCCAGGGGUGCGGCAGCUGGCGCACAUGUACCACUGGAGCUGGUGAAGCAAACACUUUGACUGAGGGACACAAUGCGUAAAAGCCUGAAGAAGUUCCACUUCAUAAGCUCGUCUUCGGCUUAAAAAUGAAUAUUUAAAAUUUAAAACAGCCCCUUAAACGAUAAGUGCCACUUUUAGAAGAGUAAGAACAUGACGUCUUUCUUUAAUGGAGUUUGGUUUAUGCCAGAAAAAAAUAGUAUUUUCCAGAAAAGAUGUCAGUUUUCAAACAUUACAGAAUAAAACGUGAGAAUAAUUGAAUUUUAAAGUGAAGAAACAUUUUUUUAACUUAAGAGUCACUUUUUAAUUUAGUUUUCAGUCUUUUCUUAAAUUAAAAUAAUCAGUUUUUAUGGUAUAUGUACUCGUGUCACAGCGAGUUCCCCUUUUUGUUGCAUAUAUAUUGGAACUGAUUUAUUGAUUUCCAUUCUUAUCCUCAUCAGAUAACGAACUAAUACUUCACUCAUUGUUAAUCUAUGGAUGAAAAAGUCCACCGGAUCAUAAACCAAACGUGGUCGUGUUUAUUUGGGACUUUGUGAGUUCUGUUUUUGUUGUGUGGUGUUUUUUUCUGCAAACGUGUCACUUUUAUCGCGAGAAAAUGUUUCCGUGUGUUUUAUAAAUCUAUUUAUAAUGUGUUGUUUUGUA